GGCACUAUAUAAAUCCAGAGCUUUAUCGCGAUUAAUCGAGUGCUUUCGAUUAUCUGCCAUGGCGAGUUCUGCUUUCUGCUUGACUGUGAUCACGUUAACGACGUUCAUCAUCCUUUUUAUCUCUCUGAUCGACGGAAGUGCAGCUACACUCCCGAAACCUAAAGCACCGAAUUUCCAGUAUUUCGAAAGGCCGAAAUAUCGCUAUCCUUAUUAUGAUGAGAACGGCAAGGGAAAGUUGCUGUAUGGUUAUGGUGGGCCACAGUUAUACCAAUAUAGAACGUAUAGUGCGCUCGAAGGAAUUCAUUGAUAAACGCAGCGAAUCGCUUCUCAAGUUUUCCGUUUAGAAGUCGAAUAUAAAAUAGUCGUGAGCAUGCAGUAACGCAAGAGCGAAUAACUGUUAACCUCGCGAGUCAAUUGAAAAAAAAAAUCAAACCAUCGGUUAUAACGACAAAACCAUCGAUAUUUAUAACGAGCAAUAAAAGAAUUUCGCAAAUUCUGAUCGUCGAUUAAAUCCUGUCAAAUCCGCCAAAUAUAUUUCACGGGGCAAAUUUCAGGAGGUGGUAACCAUGAGGAUCAAUUUUUGUUAAAAAGUUCGUGUCUUCUGAUGCCCCCGGAUCACUUGAGGUAGGUAAUUGGUCGCACGAGAGUAUUGCGCGUGACGUCUGACAAUAUUAGUUUUAUGACUUUUUUGCUUUGUUUUUCUUUUAAUUUUAUUUAUACACAUCUUAAUACGGGAGAUGCGCGAAGUACCUACCAUACAUUCAUUACAUCCGUGCAGUAUCGAAUUUCUAAAAAAAAAAAAAAUAAUAAAAAAAAAUCAUAAAA